UAAAUGAUGUAAUCUCUCCGGUUAGGUGCUCGACAGUUCCCUGCUGCAGUAGCCGCACACAUUAACCAACCAGCCAGUCAGAGACACAUCUACCACCAGCCGCCUGCUCGUUCACUCGUUUUUAUUAAACAACGACCGACGCGUCUGUUUAACCCAACCGAAGCCUAACCACGCAUUUCGUGGCGUUAUCCCCCCCUCCCGUCCUAGCAGCUGGCUGAUGUUGGCCGUUUCCUGGUUGAAGUUGCAGCCAUUUUGGAUUUUUACCGAGAAAACAAGCAGCCGGGUCGCGCUAAGGGGAGCGGUACAAGCUGGUCGUCGUCCCCCGUUUUCCCUCAAGACUGCCCUGCUUAUCUGCGGACGGUGACACUACGAGUCGACAAUGAAUCCCGAAUAUGACUAUUUAUUCAAACUGCUCCUGAUUGGUGACUCUGGUGUUGGGAAGUCUUGCCUUCUUCUCCGGUUUGCGGAUGACACAUACACAGAAAGUUACAUUAGCACUAUUGGUGUGGACUUCAAAAUACGAACCAUAGAACUAGAUGGAAAGACCAUUAAACUUCAGAUUUGGGAUACAGCGGGACAAGAGAGGUUUCGUACAAUCACAUCCAGCUACUACAGAGGUGCUCAUGGUAUCAUUGUAGUCUACGAUGUCACAGAUCAGGAGUCCUUCAACAAUGUCAAACAGUGGCUACAGGAGAUUGACCGCUAUGCCAGUGAAAAUGUCAACAAGUUAUUGGUUGGGAACAAGUGUGACCUGACAACAAAGAAGGUGGUGGAUUAUACAACAGCAAAGGAGUUCGCGGACUCUCUGGGAAUCCCCUUUUUGGAAACCAGCGCCAAAAACGCCUCCAAUGUGGAGCAGGCCUUCAUGACCAUGGCCGCCGAAAUCAAGAAGAGGAUGGGCCCUGGGGCCACGGCCGGAGGCGGAGAGAAGCCCAACGUGAAGCUGACUCCAGGCACUACUGUUAAGCCUUCUCCAGGAGGAUGCUGCUGAGACACGAAGCGCCACUCCCUCCCUUUACUCUGCAGGCCCCCUCCCAAGCUCCACUGUGUCCCACACGAACCCCCACCACAGCAGACAGGACAGCGAAGGCUCGAUUCAUGUGUGUGAGAACAAGAUGAAGUUUGUACUGUACAUACUGUAGCCGCUCUACCAAAACCAACAGAAUAAUCUUUCUUGUCUUACUGUCCUGCUGUUGACUAAUUAGGCUGAUAGGCGAUGAUUCGACCGACGCCCCUUCUCAGACCGGUCAGAGACUUUCAUUCGGCCCUGUGAAUACAGCUUCAUGAGAACACUGUGUGCAUGUGCGUGUGGGUGUGUGUGUGUGUGUGUGUGUUUUUUCAUUCCUGCAGCAGGGUUGGUAAACCAAUCGGGUUCAUUAAGGUUUCUGUUUCUUUCCUCUCUUUCUGUGAUGGUUUCUUGUCUUGCUGUCAUCUUUUUUAUUUUUUUCCUCAGCACCUGUCUCUCUCUGUCCCCAUCUGAAGGUCUUUUCAAUUUUUUUUCAUACCAACUUCUGCUCAUCAUCAUCUCAGCUCUUCUAAAGUCUAGUGCAACAUCCAUAUAUGUACAUAAACAUUAUGUAUAUAUAUGUACAAUUGAGUUAGCCAGUUCUCUUGUGUCUGACACAUUCCUGAAUUGGUCUUUAUCUCUGCAUUCAAUUUGUGGCUGAAGACAACUGUAAGUUUCUUGCUCAACAUGUAACGGACAAUAAAUAUUGUACUACCAUACUGUA